GAAAGAGUAACUACAACCAAGUGAAAACUAACAGAAGUGAAAAAUAUUUAUAUAGUAGUCGAGGCUUUAGGAUCUUCGGAAUCGGUUUUACGAGAAAACAGCAGAUAUGUCACGAGCAACUAAAAGAAAGCACGUCCUUAGAGAGAUAGACGACUACUCCCCACCAACAAAGAACCAACAAAUAGUGAAAGUCGUUGCAAGCAAAGGGAAUAAUCUUCAUGAAGUGGAGACGGCUGAUAAAAGCAGGUUCCUGGUGUCGAUGCCGAUGAAAUUCAGGAAGUUUUUCUGGAUCAAACGAGGAAAUUUCAUAGUAAUAGAACCCAUCCAAGAAGGUGUUAAAGUGAAGGGUGAAAUGACUAGAAUUUUGACAAAUGAACAUAUCAAAUACUACAAGCAGGACAAUAUAUGGCCCGAUUUCGACAAUAAUAAAAAGCAAUCCGAAGGAAUUUUCGAUAAUGAUUUACCUAUGAAAGCGAAUAGUGUGCCGGCUAUGAUUGAAACGUACAGUGACAGUGACGAAUCUGAUAUUGAUUAUUCAAAUGACUCUGAUUGUGAUUAAACUGACGAAUA